ACUUCUCACUGCCUCUCCGCUGGAGCCCGGCUGCUCCCCGGCGUAGUCCCCGAGCCAGGAGGAAGCUGCGUUUCCAGUGGUGUGCUGAGCUGAGGUUCGAAUCGUUGCAGCCGGCUGCUCGCUUUGAGAAGGACAGUCUGUGUGUAAAUGAGAUGUGACUGUGCCGGCAGAGUUCAGUCGCUGGGGCCGGAGCAAGAGGAGCCUUCCCGGGAUGCCGCUCAGACAGCUGCUAUCAGCUGGAAACUCUCCCUAGUUCACCUGGAGCCAUGUGAAGAGGUUUGAAUAGCAGAUGUCUCCCUCCUGCAUGCUAGCAAGAGAAAUUCUUCUCUAGAUAAUUAUGCAUUGAAAACAAACAGAAGAGAUCAAAGCGCUGAGCAGCCUCUCCACUCAGAAAUUAUAAAACAGAAGCCAGAAGACCUGCAACAGCUUUUGCCAGCUGAGAAGCUGCCCUUGUCUAGAUAAUGUUGAGAGUUCUCUUCAUUGAUUAUUGGCAGCUGCUGCAUUCUGAGACAAUCUCUUUCAAUUUAGCUUUCCGGAUCCCUUGACUGCCCGCUCUGACAGCUUUACAACCUCCUUGACAGCUUCAUAAAUGCUCUGCAAUGGUCACAUGAACGUCUUGGAAGGGGAAUCGGCACCUCUGCAGCUCCUCAUUCCCAUGGCGCUCUAGGAAGAGAGAGAACCGGGAAAGAGGCAGGUCUGACCGCAGCUGGAAGCCCCGCGAAAGAUGAAUCUAAUCGUGAAGCUCCGCAGGAGUUUCCGAACGCUGGUCAUCCUCCUGGCAGCCUUCUGCUUGGCCAGCAUCCUCAUCUCCGCCUACUUCCUCUACACCGGCUACAAGCAGGAAAUGACCCUCGUGGAAACCACCGGAGAAGCAGAGUGUGAACCCCUCAAACUUCUACCCUACAGGGCUGCGGAGACGAGAACGGCCAAGCCAAUUGAUCCGUCCAAAACCGAUCCCACUGUCCUCCUGUUUGUGGAGAGCCAGUACUCCCAGCUGGGGCAAGACAUCAUAGCCAUCCUGGAGUCCAGCAGAUUCCGGUACCACAUGGUCAUAGCACCGGCCAAGGGGGAUAUUCCCCCUCUCACGGACAACGGAAGAGGGAAAUACACGAUCGUUAUAUACGAGAAUAUUUUAAAGUACGUAUCCAUGGACUCGUGGAACAGAGAGCUCCUGGAAAAAUACUGUGUGGAAUACAGUGUUAGCAUAAUUGGUUUUCAUAAAGCCAACGAGAACAGCUCCCCGAGCACCAAACUGAAAGGGCUGCCGUUACACCUCUACAACAACGUGGCCCUCAAGGACUGCGUGGUGAACCCUCAGUCGCCCCUGCUGCGCAUCACCAAGGCCCCGAGGGCCGAGAAAGGGCCCCUGCCCGGGGAGGACUGGACGGUGUUCCAGUUCAACCAUUCCACCUACCAGCCGGUGCUUUUAACGGAGCUGCAGCCCUCCAGGCCCACCCCCCCGGCGCUGCCCAGGGCUGCUCUGUACCCAACCGUCAUCCAGGACCUGGGGCUCCACGAUGGCAUCCAGAGAGUGCUCUUCGGAAACAACCUGACCUUCUGGUUGCACAAACUCAUCUUUAUCGAUGCCAUCUCUUUCCUAACUGGCAAGAAGCUGAUGCUGUCCUUGGAUAGGUACAUCCUGGUUGACAUAGAUGACAUCUUCGUCGGGAAGGAGGGCACGAGGAUGAACGUCAAUGACGUGAAGGCUUUACUAGAGACUCAAAAUUUACUGCGCACUCAGGUUGCAAAUUUUACCUUCAACCUUGGAUUUUCAGGAAAAUUUUACCACACAGGGACUGAGGAGGAGGAUGAGGGUGAUGACCUGCUGCUGAGAUCUGUGGAUGAGUUCUGGUGGUUUCCCCACAUGUGGAGUCACAUGCAGCCCCACCUCUUCCACAACGAGUCCUCACUGGUGGAGCAGAUGAUCCUCAACAAAGAAUUUGCCUUAGAGCACGGCAUCCCGACCGGCAUGGGCUACGCGGUGGCCCCGCACCACUCCGGGGUCUAUCCCGUGCACAUCCAGCUGUACGAGGCCUGGAAGAAGGUCUGGCACAUCCGAGUGACCAGCACGGAAGAGUAUCCACACCUGAAGCCUGCACGGUACAGACGGGGCUUCAUCCACAAUGGCAUCAUGGUGCUCCCUCGACAGACCUGUGGCCUUUUCACUCACACUAUUUUUUACAAGGAAUAUCCUGGGGGUCCUCAGGAGCUGGACAAAAGUAUCCGAGGAGGUGAACUGUUCCUCACCAUUCUCCUGAAUCCCAUCAGCAUCUUCAUGACCCACCUGUCCAACUACGGCAACGACCGCCUGGGCCUCUACACCUUUGCCAACCUCGCCAGCUUCGUCAAGAGCUCCACCAACCUCAACCUGCAGACGCUGCCCCCGCUCCAGCUGGCCCACAAGUACUUCCAGCUCUUCCCAGAGCAGACAGACCCCCUCUGGCAGAACCCGUGUGACGACAAACGACACAGGGACAUUUGGUCCAGAGACAAGACUUGUGACCACCUGCCCAAAUUCCUGGUGAUAGGACCCCAGAAAACAGGAACAACGGCCCUUUAUUUAUUCCUUCUGAUGCAUCCUUCCAUUAUCAGUAAUCUCCCCAGCCCAAAAACUUUUGAGGAAGUUCAGUUCUUCAAUGGCAACAACUACCACAAGGGAAUUGACUGGUACAUGGAUUUCUUCCCCACUCCCUCCAACGUCACCACCGACCUCCUCUUCGAGAAAAGUGCCAACUAUUUCCAUUCUGAGGAGGCUCCCAAGAGAGCUGCUUCCCUCAUCCCCAAGGCCAAGAUCAUCACCAUCCUCAUCGACCCAUCCGACCGGGCGUACUCCUGGUACCAGCACCAGCGCUCCCACGAGGACCCCGCCGCCCUGAAAUUCAACUUUUACGAAGUGAUCACGUCGGGCCCCUGGGCACCCUCGGAGAUCAGGGCUCUGCAGAAGAGGUGCCUGAGCCCGGGAUGGUACGCUGUGCACAUCGAGAGGUGGCUGUCCCACUACCCUGCCUCACAGUUGCUCAUUAUUGAUGGACAGCAGCUGAGGAGUGACCCGGCCACUGUGAUGGAUGAAGUGCAGAAGUUCCUUGGAGUGUCUCCCCAUUAUAACUACUCUGAAGCUCUCACGUUUGACCCUCAGAAAGGCUUCUGGUGCCAGUUAUUGGAAGGAGGGAAAACAAAGUGCCUGGGAAAAAGCAAAGGUCGGAAAUACCCACCAAUGGACCAAGAGUCUCGAGCGUUUCUGUCGAGCUACUACAGAGACCACAACGUGGAGCUGUCCAAGCUGCUGCACAGGCUGGGGCAGCCCCUGCCCUCCUGGCUGCGACAGGAGCUGCAGAAGGUCAGGUAGCACCCAGGGCACCCCGCCCAGGACCCUUCCCUUCACCGCCAAACCCCCGCUUCUCCGACUCACUCGUGAUCGUCAGUACCGGACCUCAUGGACAACGCUCUUCCUAGCAAAAAUAAAACAACAAACCACUGAAGAAUGAUUUAAAAAAAAAAAAAUCCCCCCCCUCCCCAGACCCGACAACUGUUCAUACGCACGUGCUGACAGUUCGCAGCAUCGACCGCUUCCGUCAGCUUCCAGGAAAUAACAUGGAGCUACGUGGCAUUACCCUUUACCCAGGCCGGGAUUCGUGCAUAGCCCAGUUCCUCUCUCCACCAGGAAGUACCAGAAACUGUGUGUAGGACAAAUUGCAGUCUGUCAGGACACGAGGCAAAGGAUGGGAACAUCUCUCCUGGACUCCGAGGUUGGUCAUCCGCUGGGCUUUUCCCACGUUUUGUUUUCCAAUGCUUUUAAACUCCAAGCAGGCCAUGCAAGCGGUGCCCUGCCAAUAACCUGCUGUCAGCCAUUUGGUCUCUGUCUGGGGAGCAAUGUUUAUGCCCUGAAGCCUUCAGAGAUGGGUUCAUCCUUUUAGCGUGACUGCAAAGGUGUGGACCUGCCUAUGGAUUGAUUCGACUCCUCCAUCACUCUCCUUUCCAGAAAAGCUACCAAAAAAAUAAGGAUUUGCAAGCGACACAGAUUCUGCAGUGCUCAGUGCUCCAGUGACUGGAUAACUUUUAUAAGACUUAUUAUCAUUUCUGUAGUAUUUCAAAACAAAGAGACAUCCUCUUGACAGAGCUGAAGGAAACACUUCACUGUCUUGCCCGAGCUCUUUUUUUUAAAAAAUUUUUCUUUCCCCUCCUAUGUGACAACAGCAAAUCCAGCUGAACAAGUACUUGGUGUUGAAGCAAAAGGCAUCAAAAUAAAUUUUGAUCCCUCAAAGUAUUUUUUGUUGGGGGGGUGGGAGGGUGUGGUGGGGGAAGUCAAAGGCUGUAUUUGCUGGAAUAGUUUUAAAUAAUUGAUGUGCACACACCUGAUUAUCGGUUCUUCUCACUGCCGCAGAAUAAACACUUCUGAUGGUGUA